UCAGUGUCGUCUUCUUUUCUUCAGCUCUUACGUCAGAGGAAGCAUGUCUUCACAGAGCAGAGAAGUUAAGCAGUCAGUCUCAUACUCGAAGAUGUGGAAGAUGUGUUCAGCUGGAAUCAAACUUUUUUUUCUGCUCUUAUUUCCAUAUCAAGCCAACUGUGUGACAUUCCAGGAACCUCAGCCCUGGAUAGUCAACGUAGGCCAAAGAGUAGAAAUCAAAUGCAGCCACGAUGAUGACAGUUUAUACGUGAUGCUCUGGUACCAGCAAAGGGAUUAUGGAGCGAUGAGCUUAAUUGGAUAUGGCUAUGACACAAAUAAACCCGACUAUGAGCCGGCGUUUCAGAAUCACACCGAGAUUUUGAGGGAGACCAGAGUGAAAGGAGCUCUGAUCCUCCCCAGUGUCAAACUGUCAGACUCAGCUGUGUAUUUCUGCGCUGCCAGAAAGCUAUUAAAGCACAAAGUUAGUCUUGUGUCAGUGCUGAUUAGUCUUCAGCAAAGUGCCGCAGCUAUAAAAGAAUUGGCUCAAUGCCCAGAUUAUCUGUGGCUAUACGCAGUUCUGAUCAGCUCUGUGAGCGACUAUUCCCAGUCCGAGGCUCACUUUGGGAGGGGAACUAAACUCACAGUUUUAGAUAGAAACAUUGAACGACCAAAAGUGAAGGUGUUUAAACCUUCAGCAAAGGAGUGUCAAAAUGACAAACACAAGAAAAACAAGAAGACCUUGCUGUGUGUGGCCUCUGAUUUCUAUCCGGACCAUGUGAAUGUGUCCUGGCAGAUUGAUGGGGUGGACGUCAAAGAUGGCGUCGCCACCGAUCACUCUGCCCACUGGAAUGGUACACACUACCGCAUCACAAGCAGGCUGAGAGUCUUAUUUUCACAGUGGUUCAAGCCAGGCAAGAAUUUCACCUGCACCGUCAACUUCUUUGAUGGGAAACAGAUUGUUCCUUAUGUAGGCUGGGUCACAGGCAUUCGAAAUCCAGGAGCUGCAGCAAUAAGAAACAAGUAUCUGAAGACCACCCACAAUGCCAAACUGUCAUAUCUGGUUUUGAUCAUCAAGAGCAGCAUCUACGGACUCUUUGUGAUGAUCCUGGUGUGGAAGUUUCAGGGGUUUUCAAGAAAACCGAAGAAAUGAGAGCUGAGCUGAUCAACUGAGCUGCUUUCUGUGAAAACAAACAAACAUUCACAGUAUCCUAAAGCUUUGCUUUCCAUUUGACUUUCUUGCAUUUAGUACAUAAAUAAGUGGACAUCCUGUGCUGUCAUUAGUUGUUAUUCUGUUAGUUUGUGUAAGUGCUUUGUGCUCAGUUUGCUUCUUAAUAAAAGUACUCCUUAAACACA